AUGUGUUACAAAAAGAUUCUCCCUCUUGUUAUUCCUCCGGAGAGCAUCCACGUGAAUAUGCCGGCAGCAGAAGUGACGGUGGUGACGACGGAGGUGGGAGCCAUCGAAGGUCACCGUGACGGUGGCGGUGGAAAGAAGAAGUGUGUGUGUUCACCGUCAAAGCAUCCAGGAUCGUUCAAGUGUAGGUAUCAUCAUCAUGAAUAUCAGUGGCUUCCUUCUUCCUCUUCUUCCUCUACUUCCUCUUCCAUCCACAAAUAA